AUGGACAAGAGUAAGAGCCGUACCGAUCUACUCGCAGCUGGCAAAAAAAAGCUCCAACAAUAUCGUCAGAAGAAGGAUAAUAAAGAUAACAAAGGUGGUAGUAGCCGUGGGAAAUCAUCAAAAAAGUCUUCCAAACAUCAGCUACCUGAGUCUGAUGCUGAUACUGAUGCUGCCAGUGUUACCUCUACAGGAUCGUCUCAGGUUACUGAUGGAAAUGUUGAAACCAACAGUGACUCCAAUGUUGUUAUCACUGAACCAAUAGAAUCACAGUCUUUGGCAAGCUCAACAGCCGCUGACAAUGUUGAUCCAUCUGUUGAUUCUUCGUCAGUGGUCAAGACAUCUGAUACAGGUGAAGAAACUGAUUUGGAUUCUAAUGCUAAGUUUGCACUUCAGGGUCGUGGGGUCCACGAGAAGGAUUCUGAACUGUCUGUUGAAGAUCAACGAGGGAGUUCUCAGAAUAUUGGUGCUAAUGUGGCGAAAGAUGCGUCUUUUACAAGUUCGUCGGCUCCUGACAAUGUUGAUCCAUCUUUUGAUUCAUCAUCAGUGGCCAUGACAUAUGAUACAAGCCACGAAACUGAAUUGGAUUCUAGUGCUAAGUUAGCACUUGAGGAUCAUGAAGUCCUUGAGAACGAUUCUGAAUUGUCAGCCCAAGAUCAAGGGGGAAGCUCUCAGAAUGUUGGUGCUGAUGUAGCAGAAGACGUUUCUUUGAGAACUUCAAAUAUUGAAGGAAGAACAACAUACGAUCAUGCAUCCAAGCCUGUUGCUCUUUUGUCCACGCAUGCUUCUAUUGCAACUGCUGUGGAUGAGUCUAUCACAGUUGAAAAAGAGAGUGAAAAAAGAGAAAGAUCGUUGCCUUUAUCUGAAGAUAUUUCCAAUACAUUUGUGGUGCAAACGAGAGAAGAUCAGGUAACAAAUUUAGGGGCAAUGCAGGAAGCUGAUGAUUUGGAUAUGGCGAAACCUUGUCAAAGCACUGAUGCUAUUAUAGAUGAUCAAAAGGAGAUUCCUUUGUUUGAAGCCGGUGAGAGUGAUCAGUCUCUUUCAGGAUUUGCUUUGGAGAAUACUAUAAUUGAGGAGGCAUCUCAUGAAGUGGAACAACUAGACAGGCCAGUUGAAUUAUUCUCCCCUUUUGAAGACAUUGUGUCAGAUAAGAAUUCAGGUUCUGAUAAAGGCCAGCAUGAUGAUUUUGCAACUGUAGGGACUUCAAUGAAAAAUUUGGAGAGAGAAACAUUACCAGGUUCAUCUAAUGAUGAAAUGAUUCUUCAGUCUAAUCAAGAGCAGAUAAGCAAGGGAGUCCUUAGUGGACAGGAUGUAGCGCUUCAUGAGGGGCUUAACCAGCAAUGUACUCUUGUUGGAUCUGCAGCUGAUAAUUCCACUCACGAGUUGUCAACCAGAGCUUCGACCAGAUUGUUUGAUCUCUCUCCUAUUUCUGAUGCGAGCUCAGUUAAUCUUUUGCAGUUAGCUGAACUUAUAAGAGGCCUUAAUGAAGAUGAGUAUCAGUUUCUGCUCAAGGCAAGAGGAGCAUUUUCUGAUCCAGAUCCAUUAACCAGUUGUUCAGUUUUACCAGAUCAUGCCUCUUCAGAAGCGUUUCAGAGGCUGAAAGAAGAAUUGUUUCUUGCUCAUAUGAUGCAAAAUAUAUUCAGUAUGCAGCUAGCUGAACAACUGGACCUCCAAUCGGAAUCUGAUUAUCACCGUUACCAGUUGAUCGGUGAACUAUCGCAGCUCCAUGAUUCACGCAAUGAAGUUAAUGAGAACAAUCAGCGGCUUAAUGAAGAACUUGCUAACUGCCGUGUAGAACUACAUAAUAGUUCUAGCAAGAGUGUAGAACUACAGAACCAAUUUGAUACUGCAAUGACAGGGAUUGAAACUCUUUCUGCCAGAGUAGUUGAGCUACAGAUUAGUUUUGAAAUGUCUGAGAAAGAUUCAUUGGAUCUAUCCACAGAGUUGGCCGACUGCAGAAGUUUGAUCUCAAGUUUACAGGAUGAAAAGAAGGGUGUGAGCGAAACUCUUGAUUUGGUGAUUUCUGAGAAAAAUAAACUUGCAGAGGAGAAAGAGUCUAACCUCUAUGAAAGUCAGAAGCUGGCAACUGAAUUGUCUUGCUUAAAGAGUUCAACGGAAGCAGUAGAAGUCGAAAAUUCCAACUUAAUUGACAGGAUCUCUUUGGUGACUGAAGAGAGCAAUACGUUCAAGGCAGAAAUCAAGCAUCUCUUGCAAGAGAUCGAUAGAAUUUCAUUAGAUUUGGUUGAAAAUAAAGAUUUGGUGGCAAGUCUACAGAGCGAAAAUUCCAAUUUAAAUGAGAACCUUGCAUUGUCAGUUGAUAAGAUUAAAAAUCUGGAAGAUGAUAAUCAAUCUGUUGUUCUUGAGAAUCAAAGCCUCACUUCUCAGAUUGUUUCCAUACAAGAACAAUUAUCUAUAGAAAAGGGAGAACGGAUGAGAUUUGAAGAUGACCUUAAAGAAGCCACAGUGCACUUGGAACAACUUUCCAAGGAAAAUGUGUCACUUAAUAGUACUUUAGAUGAGCACAAGGCUAAAAUAGAAGAAAUUGCAGUUACUAAAAAUUCUCGGCAGAUAGGUCAGGAGCUAGAUGAUGGCGCAGCAGGGGGACCAUUUGAAAAUAUACCUGAACAAGAAAUUUUCAAUGACUCUCUUGGGUUUGUUUCAUUGAAGACUGAUUUGAAUGAGAUGGAGAAUGUUUUGGUGAAGCUUGAAAAGGCAAUUGAUAAGUUACAUUCUCAAUCAGUAAUCUCUAGCAGGACUUCUGAGAAAGUUUCUUCACCCGUGGUAUCAAAAUUGAUACAGGCUUUUGAACCAAAAGUAAAUGAAACCGAGCACGAGGUAGAGAUAAGUGGUUCAACUGAUGUGCAGUCACAAUCAAAUUCACUUAUUAUGUUAACUGAAAAGCAAGUAGGAAACUUGAGAAAAUUGUUAUCAAAGUGGAAGCUGGAUGUUCAGAGCGCAGAUUCAUUGUUCAAGGGGGAACGAGAUGGUAGGAAAGUUGGGGAUGCAAAGUAUGGUGAUCUUAAGGACCAGUUUGAAGGAUUGAAGCAACGUUGUUCAGAUUUUGAAGCAUCUAACAUCGAACUUGCAGUUCAAUAUGAAACAGUUAAACAACUUCUGGGCGACAUUCAAGAAAAGAAAUGUCAUCUUGAGGAAAUCUGUGAAGCUCUUAAACAAGAAGAUAUUCACCUGAAAGCCAAAACUAAUGAACUCUAUGACAAGCUUGGAUACUGUCAUUCAAAAUUGAUUGAAUUGCUUACUGAAAUGAAUGAUGUGAAACUAAGUUCAAAUGAGAUGGCUUCUGUUAUUGGCAGUCAGCUGGAAAUUUUGCAGAAGGAGGUGACAGAGAGGGCGGUGCUACUUGAGCAAGGCUGGAAUACUACUAUUGAUGAGAUUGUUAAGUUAGUUGUGAAGCUGAAUGAAUCAGUUGGGGAAAUAUCACAUACAACGGUCUCUUAUGACACCCAUGAUGGCUUGCAUAUCAGUCAUUGGUUAGAUGCUUCUGUUAGUGCUGCCACUGAAAUGAUUUUUGGUCUGCAGAAGAAACUUGAAGCUUCUAAUGCAGAUCAUGAAAUAAUCUCCAUGUCACAUAAAGAAAUGACCACGAAAUGUGAACAUCUGCUUGAGAGGAAUGAAAUGGCUUUCGAUGUACUACAUAAAAUAUACAGUGACUUGAGGAAACUUAUGUUGAGGAGUGGUUGGUCGUUGGAUGAAGAUAAGAUAGAUGAUCAAAGUGAGGCACUGCCUGAUUUACUGAAUUAUAAUAACUAUGAGACCAUCAUGAAGCAUUUGGGGGAUAUAUUGAUUGAAAAGCUGGAGUUGGAGUCUGUUACCAAUAAGAUGAAGUCAGAAUUGGUGCACAAGGAAACUGAAUAUGAAGAAUUGAAGAUAAAGUGUCUUGGUUUAGAUUCUGUUGGAAAGCUAGUUAAUGAUGUUGCAGGUGUGCUGCAUGUGGAAACUCUGAAUAUUGAAAUAAACACAUCGCCCCUUUUGCACUUAGAUUCGUUAGUGUCUAGUCUUGUACAGAAAACCAAAGAGGCUGAAAUCCAGAAUCACGCCAAUAAAGAAGACGAUGGAUCUAAGGAGAUGGAAUUGGAUGAACUGAAAGAAAAAAUGCAUUAUCUAGACAUGCUGCGUCUUGAGAAUGAAAAUGAAAUCUUUGUUCUAAGAGAAAGCUUACAUCAAGCUGAGGAAGCUCUUUCUACUGCACGUUCCGAAUUGCGUGAGAAAGCAAAUGAACUCGACCAUUCAGAGCAACGAGUGUCCUCCAUCCGGGAGAAACUUGGCAUAGCUGUUGCCAAGGGAAAAGGAUUAGUUGUACAGCGUGAUGGCCUCAAGCAGUCGCUAGCUGAGACGUCUACUGAAUUGGAGAGAUGCUCGCAAGAGUUGAAGUUGAAAGAUACAAGACUUCACGAGCUUGAAACAAAACUUAAGACCUAUUCAGAGGCCGGGGAACGCGUGGAAGCUCUGGAAUCUGAACUUUCAUAUAUUCGUAAUUCAGCUAAUGCCUUGAGAGAGUCAUUUCUGCUCAAAGAUUCAAUGCUUCAGAGGAUAGAAGAGGUUUUGGAAGACCUAGAUCUGCCUGAGCAGUUUCAUUCGAGUGAUAUAAUAGAGAAGAUUGAUUGGUUGGUUAGGUCAGUUGUUGGCAACUCAUUGCCCAUGAAUGACUGGGAGCAGAAAGAUUUUGCAGGAGAACGUUCAUAUUCUGAUGCUGGUAAUGCAGUCACAGAUUCUUGGAAAGAUGAUAGUCAGCUACAACCAGAUUCAGGGGACGAUGCAGGUAGACGUUCAUACUCUAAUGCUGGUUUUGUUGUCACAGAUUCGUGGAAAGAUGAUAGUCAGCAACAACUAGAUUCAGAGGGUGAUUUUCAAAAAAACUAUGAGGAGUUGCAGAGUAAAUACUAUGGGCUGGCUGAGCAAAAUGAAAUGCUGGAGCAGUCAUUGAUGGAAAGGAACAGCUUAGUUCAGAGAUGGGAGGAGCUUGUAGACAAGAUUGACAUGCCUUCUCAUUUGCGGUCUAUGGAGAUGGACGGUAGGAUUGAGUGGGUAGGAAGGGCACUUGCCGAGGCUAAUCAUCAUGUAGAUUCUCUGCAGCUGAAAAUUGAAAGAUAUGAAAGCUAUUGUGGAUUGCUAAAUACUGAUCUGGAAGAGUCUCAGAGGAGAAUGUCCACUCUUCAAGAAGACCUUAAAGCUCACACAUCGGAGAGAGAGCACCUUUCUGAAAAAAUAGAGGCUCUGAGACAUGAAUGCGAGAAACUAUCAGUGCAGACAAGGGGAGCUGAACUUGAGAAUGAAAAUCUGCACGGAGAAAUUACUAGUUUGAAGGAUCAGCUGGAGCAGAAAGCUGAAAUUGAAGAACAGAUUUUCACCAUCGAUGGCAAGAUAAAAAAAUUACAAGACUUAGUUGGCGAUGCCUUGCCAGAAUCUGAAACAGAAUAUCUGGUUUCUGAUGGUACAAAUAUUGAUUCUUUGGAAGAAUUGCUGAGAAAGCUUAUAGAUAAUCACGCUAGUCUUUUAUCAAUGAAAUCAAUGUGUGAGAAAGCUCACACAUCGGAGAGAGAGCACCUUUCUGAAAAAAUAGAGGCUCUGAGACAUGAAUGCGAGAAACUAUCGGUGCAGACAAGGGGAUCUGAACUUGAGAAUGAAAAUCUGCACGCAGAAAUUACUAUUUUGAAGGAUCAGUUGGAGCAGAAAGCUAAAAUUGAAGAACAGAUUUUCACCAUCGAUGGCAAGAUAAAAAAAUUACAAGACUUAGUUGGCGAUGCCUUGUCAGAAUCUGAAACAGAAUAUCUGAUUUCUGAUGGUACAAAUAUUGAUUCUCUGGAAGAAUUGUUGAGAAAGCUUAUAGAAAAUCAUGCUAGUCUUUUAUCAAUGAAAUCAAUGCGUGGCAUUGUACUUGAUGGACAUCGUUCACAAAAUGACGAUGCUACACUAAAUGAGGAAAAAAGUAUUGAUAUGCAUGAUAAGGAUCAAGCAGAUAUUGAUAGAUACAAGAAAGAUCUGGAGGCAGCUUUGAGCGAAUUGGAGCAUUUGAAGGAGGAGGGAGGGAGAAAUUUGGAAAAGCAAAUAUCUCUAUCUUGUAAAGUUGAAGCUCUGAGUAAAAGAACUGAGGAGUUGCAAGAGCUUCUUAAUCAGGAAGAGCAGAAAUCUGCUUCUGCAAGAGAGAAACUAAAUUUUGCAGUCAGGAAAGGGAAGUCAUUGCUGCAACAACGAGACAGUCUAAAACAAACCAUUGGAGAGAUGAAUGUUGAGAUGGAGCACUUGAAAUCUGAGAUCAAAAAACGAGAACACAUUAUUGCGGAGCAUGAACAGAAGAUGAGGCAGUUAUUAACCUACCCAGAUAGGUUAAAAGCACUUGAAUCUGAGAGUUCUCUUCUGAAGCAUCGUUUGGAAGAAACUGAACACCAUUUGCAGGAGAAAGAGUAUUCCUUGAAACUGAUUUUGAACAAGCUAGGUGAGAUUGAUGUUGCAGGUGAAGGUCAUAUAGGUGAUCCGGUGAAGAAGCUGGAAUGGAUCGGAAAAUUGUGUUCUGAUCUCCAUAACUCUGUCGCUUCUUUCGAACAGGAAUCCAGGAAAUCUAAAAGAACAUCAGAACUCCUGUUGGCAGAGUUGAAUGAGGUUCAAGAAAGGAAUGAUAGUUUUCAGGAGGAGCUUGCUAAGGUGGCUGAUGAACUUGUGGAUCUCAGAAGAGAAAGGGAUUCAGCGGAGGCUGCCAAACUGGAAGCUCUUUCACAUGUUGAAAAGUUAUCUACAUUACAUGAGGAAGAAAAACAGAGCCAUUUUUAUGAGCUCGUGGAAAUAAAAUCUAGCAUGAACCAAGUCUGGAAAAGCUUUGGUGAGGUUCAGAAUUUACUCGCUAAGACUUUUUUCACAGAUUUGGAAUCUUUUCGGAAUGUGGAAGUUGGUCUUGAGUUGUGUAUGAAAGGAUACAAUGCUCCAAAUGUGGUGGAUUCAUCUUCCAGAGAAGAACGUGAUGGUAUUUUACUAAAGUCACCUGAUAAUAAGACGGGCUCUGUGUAUGCAGAUUCUUGGUCAGAAUUUGGCACGACCGACCACUAUAAUGAUAAUACCAUUAUUGAAAUUUUUCAUCUACUUGGGCAUAAACUGCAAGAGUUUUUGGUGGAGGUCAGCUCUCUUAAGGAAAGAAUACACACGCACUCCAGUUCGGCACGUGAGCAAGACAAAACCCUGUUGAAACUAAUGACAAAUAUUCAGAGAGAAAUUACUUCCCAAAGAGAAUCUUUUGAAAAGAUAAAGACAGAAGUUAGUAAACGAGAUCUGCAACUUAUUGCAUUGCGGGGGAACGUUGCCCACCUUUAUGAAUCAUGCAUCAAUUCUGUCACUGUACUAGAGAACGGAAAAACUGAACUGCUUGGAGAAAAGGUUGAAUUUCCAGAUCAAGGGAUUAACUUGAAAGCACCGUCAUUUGAUGAUGAAAUAUCCGAGGAAUGUGUUAAAACCAUGGCUGAUAGACUGCUGUUGGCUGCAAAUGGGUUCGCUAGCAUAAAAACUGACUUUUUAGAGGCUAAUCAAAAGGAAAUGAAGGCUACUGUAACAAAUUUACAGAGGGAGCUUCAGGAAAAGGAUGUUCAAAGAGACAUAAUUUGUGCAGACCUGGUAAAACAGAUUAAGGAUGCUGAAGCUGCUGCCAAAAGUUACUCUCAAGAACUUCAAUCUCUUAGGAUGGAGGAGCAUGAUUUGAAAAAACAGAUAGAAGUGAUUGAAGGAGAAAAGAAGAUACUUGAGCAGAGAAUCAAGGAGCUGCAGGAUAGGCAAGGGAUUGCAGCAGAACUAGAGGAUAAAGUAAGAUCUCAGACUGCUUUGCUGGCUGCCAAAGACCAAGAAAUUGAAUCCUUAAUGCAUGCACUUGACGAGGAAGAGGUGCAAAUGGAAGAACUGACAAAGAAAAAUGCAGAACUUGAAAAGGCUGUUCAACAAAAGAAUCAAGAGGUUGAGAACCUUGAAUCUUCUCGUGGUAAAGUUAUGAAAAAGCUUUCUGUAACUGUAAGCAAGUUUGAUGAACUUCACCACCUAUCUGCAAAUCUCCUGUCUGAGAUUGAAAAGCUUCAGUCCCAAUUGCAAGAAAAAGAUUCCGAAAUUUCUUUCUUAAGACAAGAGGUUACUCGAUGCACUAAUGAUGAUCUCCGUGCAUCACAACUGAACAACCAGAGAAGUCUGGAUGAGAUCGUUGAGUUCUUUAUGUGGGUUGACACAAUUGUAUCUCAAGAUGGGAUGGAUGAUAUACUUCCUGAUGUGAAGAGUGAUGCUCAGGUUCACGAGUACAAAGAAAUACUUCAGAAGAAGUUGAUGUCUUUAAUAUCAGAGUUAGAUAAUCUAAGGGAAGUUGCAGAAAGCAGGGAUGAAAUGUUGCAAGCAGAAAAGAGUAAAGUAGCAGAGUUGAGCCAUAAAGCAGAAACGCUUGAGAAGUCCUUGCGUGAGAAAGAAUCACAAUUGAAUUUGCUUGAUGGUGUGGAAGAAACUGGAAAGGGAAUUGCCUCAAGCUCAGAAAUUGUGGAGGUAGAACCAGUGAUAAAUGAAUGGACAACAAAAGGGACAUUUGUUACACCUCAAGUUCGCAGUUUACGCAAGGGCAAUAGCGAUUAUGUUGCCAUUGCUGUUGAUGAAGAUCCUGGUAGUACUAGUAGGAUAGAAGACGAAGAUGACGACAAGGUUCAUGGUUUCAAAUCACUCACAUCAUCCAAAAUUGUCCCAAGAUUUACCAGACCACUAACUGACUUGCUUGAUGGCUUGUGGGUUUCUUGUGAUCGAACUUUAAUGAGACAACCGGUUUUGCGGCUUGGAAUUAUAAUUUAUUGGACCAUAAUGCAUGCGCUCCUUGCUUUCUUUGUUGUCUGA